UGGCUUUCCUAAGUUCUGGAUCUAUGAGAAGCUUCCUUGUACUUACCUCUUGUUCGCCUCCCCCAUGUCUGUCUCUGCCAUCGUCAUCCCCUGUACAGCCAUCACUGAGGUGUCUGUUCUCCAGCGUAUUCCAAGUAUCUCUGUUUGGACUCUCAUUCUGCCGGCACCCAUUCACUGCAGAGGAUCCAUUGGUGAGCAAGUGAUGGAAUGCAAAUUCUCCAAAUCUGUUCCAAUGAAGAAAAAAACUCUUGUAUAUCUUGGAUGACCUGAGGAUGCACAGUCAAAGCCACUACAGCUUGACGGAGGUUUCAGCUUGGCUGAAUUGCUGGGAAGAGCCUUCAGGAACACCGGGAUUAGCUGUCCGGUUCUGUAGCUGCUCAAGUUGCUCAUCGUCAUCUGGUUGCAGUUAUUCAAAAACAACUUCAUCCACUCCUGAAAACAGUUUGUUCACCAACACACAGAACUUCACUUCUCAGCUCUCAACGAGGUGCUCUGCAGCAGUAAUGCCCAGUAAACUGGAGGGAGCCAUGGAUGCGCUCAUCACCGUCUUUCACAACUACUCAGGGAGCGAGGGAGACAAAUACAAACUCAGUAAAGGAGAGCUGAAGGAACUUCUCAACAGCGAACUCACCGACUUCCUCACGUCUCAGAAGGACCCCCAUCUAGUGGAAAAGAUCAUGAAUGAUCUGGACUCCAACAAGGAUAAUGAGGUCGACUUUAACGAGUUUGUGGUGCUGGUGGCGGCGCUGACGGUUGCAUGCAAUGACUUCUUCCAGGAACAACAGAAGAAGAAAGGCAAAGAUGAAAAGAAAGGCAAAUGAAACGGAUGCAUGAAAGUACCUGCACGUGUAAUGCUCUAUGAUGCGUUAAACCGUUUAUGAACCAGACCACAUGUCCUUAUGUUAGCCGUUUACUGUCAAUCCUUGGUUUGUAUCGAAAGAAAACUGACCAUUAAAUAACAAUGAUGUAUGAAUUUCAUUUGUUUCAAAUGUUUUUUUUCUGAAAUGAAAGGAUGUACUUAUAAACUGAAAGCUGGACUUUAUUAUCAUAUAUCUGUAGAAUACAGUGGAUCUGAUAGAUGUCUAUAUCGUCUGCUUCUAUGUUCCUUAUAUGUUUUUUUCAUUCAUUAAAUCAUAAAACCUAA